ACACUUUUUGAUAUCAGUGGUUUGAUGUUUAUGAUGGUGAACUGAAUAUUUCUUUUAAUAAAUGAAUUAGUCUUGGGAAAUGUCUCAUAGUUACAGAGGAAAAUAUUUGAGAAAUAAACUGCUUCAUAAUGACUUUUCUACAUGACACUAUAGUCAUAUUGGCUUCACAGGUAACAUUUUUUGUGGGAGCAUGGAUAUUCUUCAUGAAACAACUAUUCAAAGACUACGAAGUACGACAUAUUAUGGUCCAACUUAUAUUUUCCAUUACCUUAACACUAUCAUGUACCAUGUUUGAGCUGAUUAUAUUUGAAAUAUUGGGUGUUCUUGAAUCAAGCUCCCGUUUUUUCUACUGGUACUUUAUGUUGUAUAUGCUGCUUUUUGUUGUUAUAGUACUGAAUCCCUUUUAUAUUGGAUAUUAUUGCAUAAGUAACAUUAGAUAUGUGAAGCCCAACUAUGUGGUACGCUUAACAAUACUAGUGUGGAUCAUUUUCCUCAUUAUAUUUUGGAAAAUUGGUGAUCCCUUUCCAAUAAUGAAUCCUAAGCAAGGUGUCCUAUCCAUGGAGCAACUUGUUUCCAGAAUUGGAGUCAUUGGAGUUACAGUUAUGGCACUUUUAUCAGGAUUUGGAGCUGUAAAUUAUCCUUAUACCUCUAUGGCCUAUUUCAUGAGAGAAGUUUCAGAAAGUGAUGUUAUCAGUUUGGAAAAAAGAUUGAUGCAAACUAUGGAUAUGAUCCUUAAUAGGAAAAAGAGAAUAGCUAUAGCUAAGAGGGAAUCUUCUGAAAGAGUUGAUGAUUCAGUGAAUAAGAAGGGUUUUUGGGGUAUGCUGUCAUCAGUCAGAGUCAACAGAAGUCAGGAAAAUAUUGCACAGCUAAAAUUGGAAAUUGAAGGUCUGGAAGAACUGAGCAGAACAGUUUUUCUGGAAGUCCACGAAAAUCGUAAUAUGUUAGAAAGAAUUGAGUGGUCAAAAACCUGGAAAGGAGUAUAUUUCAAUUUUGUUGGGUACAUUUUCUCUGGCUAUUGUCUUUGGAAAAUUUUCAUUUGCACAAUAAACAUUGUAUUUGAUAGAGUGGGGAAAAAAGACCCAGUGACAAGAGGCAUUGAAAUAGCAAUUCACUGGAUGGGUUGGAAUUUUGAUGUUGCUUUUUGGUCUCAACAAGUUUCAUUUUACCUAGUUGGUUGCAUGGUAGUCACAUCAAUCCGUGGAUUCAUCAUAACAUUAACAAAGUUUUUCAACCGAAUAUCAUCUAGUAAAAGUUCAAAUGUAAUAGUGUUAAUUCUAGCCCAAAUCAUGGGUAUGUACUUUGUAUCUUCUGUUCUACUCCUCAGAAUGAAUAUGCCAGUACAAUAUCGGGCUAUAAUAACUCAAGUAUUAGGUGCCUUACAGUUCAGCUUCUACCACAGAUGGUUUGAUGUCAUAUUUCUGGUUAGUGCUUUAGGGAGCAUUGUUACUCUUUACUUGGCACAUAAGCAGCCAGUUAGAGACAAUAUGUGAUUAUAAAGUGAAAUACUUUUAAGUUCAAUUAUUUAAUAUUUUAUGUAUGCUUUACACUUAUUUGAUAUUGAGUUUAAUUUAUUUCAAUUUUUAUAAUUGUUUACAUUACUUAUUAUAAUAUUGAUC